AUGUCUGCUGAUGAUGCCAAAGUGAUGAGGAUUAAGACCGAGAUCGAUAGCAAGAGGCUACAAGAUGACCUCGACAAACUGAAGGAAUGUUCUAACAAAGGGCUGCUAAAGUUCAACCCAAAGAAAGAGCAGAGGGAGCAGCAGGAGAGAAGAGGAGUCAAGAAGGAAGAGAGGAGUAGCGAAGAAGUGGAGGAGAGGCUUCAAGCACCAGAAAACACAUAUUACAAACAAGAGAAAUUCGGAGAAAAAGCAAGAAAGAGGAGAAAAAGCAAGAAAGAGAGAGAAAAAGCAAGAAAGAGGAGAAAAAGCAAGAAAGAGGAGAAAAAGCAAGAAAGAAAGAGGAGAAAAAGCAAGAAAGAGGAGAAAAAGCAAGAAAAGAGGAGAAAAGGCAAGAAAGAGGAGAAAAGGCAAGAAAGAGGAGAAAAAGCAAGAAAGAGGAGAAAAAGCAAGGAAGAAGAGGAGAAAAAAGCAAGAAAGAGGAGGAGAAGCAAGGAGGAGGAGGAUAAGGAAGGUGAAGAAAGACUAAGACAAAGAUCAGUUGUAAGAGAUGUUAGUAAAGAACAAAGAUCAGCUGUGAUUGAUUUUAGUAAACAAAGAUCAGCUGUGAGUGGUUUUAGUAAGCAAAGAUCAGCUGUGAAUGGUGUUAGUAAACAAAGAUCAGCUGUGAAUGGUGUUAGUAAACAAAGAUCAGCUGUGAUUGAUUUUAGUAAACAAAGAUCAGUAAUGAGUGAUAUCUGUAAACAAGAUCAGCUGUGA